AUGACUGCAGAGGCCAAGGUUAACAUCUUGAAAGUCAUUCCUAUUUCUGCCAUAAUUUACCAAUGCAUCAUAGCCAUUUCCAGUUACAUUACGUCAUGGAACAGCCACGGAAGAAAAGCCUUCAGAGCUGACGUCGGUGAAGUGACGUCAAAGAUGUCAGAGCAUGAAGAUGGCAAAGAUUGCAGCGCGGAUAGUGAGGAGGUUGAUGAAGGCAGCAGCGCGGAUAGUGAGGAGGUUGAUGAAGGCAGCAGCGCGGAUAGUGAAGAGGUUGAUGAAGGCAGCAGCGCGGAUAGUGAGGAGGUUGAUGAAGGCAGCAGCGCGGAUAGUGAAGAGGUUGCUGAAAGUUGCAGCGCGGAUAGUGAGGAGGUUGAUGAAGGCAGCAGCGCGGAUAGUGAAGAGGUUGAUGAAGGCAGCAGCGCGGAUAGUGAGGAGGUUGAUGAAGGCAGCAGCGCGGAUAGUGAAGAGGUUGCUGAAAGUUGCAGCGCGGAUAGUGAGGAGGUUGAUGAAGGCAGCAGCGCGGAUAGUGAAGGGGCUGAUGUAGGCAGCAGUGCGGAUAGUGAAGAGGCGGAUGAAAGCUGCAGUGCGGAUAGUGAAGAGACGGAUGAAAGCUGCAGUGCGGAUAGUGAAGAGGCUGAUGAAGGCUGCUGA